AGUAACCAAGUAGUCAACCUCCUUUUUACAGAAACUUAAAAAAUACUCAAAAUUGUAUGUGUUCCAAAACGGAAAUGGUAACCAUUAAUAAUGCAGUCCAUGGCGAUAAAUUGCCAAUGGAACCGCAGCUGAAAGAGCUCAGCUUUCGGGACUUCAAGUACAACAAACGGAUGCCAAGGAUUUUCAAGGACUUUCGACUGCCCAAGCAAAGAAGCAUCGUGCAUGUAAUGAAGGACUUUUGGCUGCAGAAGAAGCAUCCCGACUUCCUGGUGCGGAUCGGGCAGCAGAGUUUCCCCUGCGACCGGCUGGUCCUAAUGGUCUACAUAGAUCAGGUUAGGCGUAAUAAGGACCAGUUGGAGCUACAAUUGCCAGUGGAAUUUGUUAGGCCGGAAGUCUUUGAGGUGCUACACCGCUGGAUGACUGAUCAGGAGCCGCUGCUGAAGCGUACGGGAAUUGUUAAUCUGCUGAUAGCUGCGGAUUACCUCAACAUCAAGCAACUAUCGUCCCAGAUCUGGGCAUGUUUGGACCCGAUCUCGGGUAUCGACGAGCAUCAGGCCAUCCAGGUGGCCAUGGAUGCACUGCCCCUUCGGGAGCUGAGUCACUUGCAUUACUUGAUGCUGCAGCGCAUCCACUACUACUUCCUGAUUUUUGCGUCCUCGGUCGAGUUCCUUGCCUUGCCCAUCGGCAGUGUGAGUGCCCUGCUCUCCUCGAAUGACAUAAGAAUUAACAGUGAGGCGGAGGUUCUCUACGCCGCCAUCCGCUGGCUGAAUCACGAGUGGCCCACCCGCAAGAGUUUCGCGUUGGAGCUAAUGGAAAAGGUGCGACUUUCCAGGCUGCCCAGUGAACUGCUCCGGGUGCUGGAGUCGCCGGUGGGGGACUCGCGUGUGGACCGCAUCAUCCAGUUGCCGAUGGUGAAAGCGCUCGUAGAGAAGGGCAACUUCGACCAACUAGCGACGGACAUGGACGACGGGACGAGUUGGUAUCGAGAGAUUUAUGAGAUCUUCGACGUGACACUGGUGCCACCACGUCGAUUCAUCUGUCACGAUUUGGCGCCGUACCACGAACCGAAGCCAGAGUCACCUGACCAGGUGUUCGAGUACAAGGACUUCCUCGGCUACCUGGGCCUCCUGCAGACCCUGCCUUUGGACACCUUGCAGCUCCUCGAAACGCCCCUCUGAUGGUGCAAAUGGCAUCGAUUCCUCGACGGAUACAUCGUCCUCCUGCUCCUCCUCUGCCCGACGACCUUGAUGAUGAUGAUGAUGAUGUGGUGGCUGUGCAAGAUGACGGCGAUCGUGCUGCGUGGCAGUAACAGCAAAUUUGCAUUACCUGGGCAGGUGUGUUCCUUGCUCCACUUCCCCAAAUGAGCCUAAUGCCAAUCGCGCUUAAACGAGGGCUGAUUGAACAGUUUGUAGGAGCUCUUGUGUUUGACAAACAAGCAAAUAUUGUUCCACAUUUUUAUACUUUUAAUAAAAUGACUUGAUUUAUA